GCUUUUAUACCGACGAUUAAUAAAUUGAUAUAGUUCUAUUAGUGAAAAAAUGAUAGCGAUAUUAAUAUUGUUGGUUUUAUUUUUACUCGUUUUAAUAUCUUGGUUAAUAUUGGUUAAAGAUUGUAAAACGUUCAAUAUUCCGGGGCCGAGACCUUUGCCUUUAUUCGGCAAUGGACUUUUAUUUAUAACAAAAUCAAGGGAUUUCCUGCCUCUUCUUCAUAGGCUAAAAGAAGAAUAUGGCAAUGCAUACAGAGUGCACCUGCUGCACACCGCGUAUGUUGUCCUGUCACACCCCAAGUAUAUGGAGGGCAUACUGUCUAGCACAGAAAUAAUAACUAAAGGCUACUCGUACUAUUUUCUGAGACCCUGGCUUGGAGAUGGACUUCUCACAUCUACAGGUCACAGAUGGAGAACAAUGAGGAAGUUCUUAACGUCGGCAUUUCAUUUCAACAUACUACAAAACUUUUUACCAGUUUUCUUGAAAAACGAAAAGAUUUUGAUAAAGAAAUUACAAAAUUACACGGACGGUAAACCUUUCGACGCUUUUCCCAUUAUAGCAUUGACGGCCUUGGAUAAUGUAACAGAAUCUAUUAUGGGCGUUUCUUUCGAUGCUCAAAGCAAUAGCGAAACUAAGUAUGUAAAGGCGAUUGAGUCUCUUUCUAAGAUCCUGUCAUUGAGAAUGCGAAAUCCAUUCAUAGGAGAAGACCCAAUAUUCAAUUUGCUUCCGUAUAAAAAGGUACAAGACGAAGCAACGGAAAUACUGCACUCACAUACGAGAGAAGUAAUCAAUAUGAGACGCAAAGAAUUGGAAAAAUCAAACAUCACUAAUUUUAAUGAAAACUCUAGUUUAGGUAUAAAAAAUAAACAUGCAUUUUUGGACCUACUCCUCUUAUCUAAAGUCGACGGUAAACAAAUCAGUGACGAGCACGUGAGGGAAGAAGUGGACACAUUUUUAUUCGAGGGUCACGAUACGACAAGUUCCGGAAUUUGUUUUGCACUAUAUUGCCUCUCAAAACAUCCGGAAAUUCAAGAGAAAAUUCUCGAAGAGCAGAAGAUUAUCAUUGGAGAAAACUUAGACAGGGAUCCAAUAUACAUGGAAGUGCAACAAAUGAAAUACUUAGAACUAGUUAUUAAAGAGAGCCUUCGGAUAUAUCCUUCCGUACCUUUGAUAGAAAGGCUCGUUACAAAAGACACAGAGAUCGAUGGUCUAAAAAUAAGAAAAGAUACAUCGGUGAUAGUGAACUUUUUCGAAAUGCAUCGUAACCCCGAACUUUACGAUAAUCCAAUGGAGUUCCGACCUGAGAGAUUUGAAACUUCAUCACCUACAGCGAAGAACGCCUUCAGUUGGCUUGCUUUUAGCGCUGGCCCGAGGAAUUGUAUUGGUCAAAAAUUCGCGAUGAUGGAAAUGAAAGUCACAAUUGCCAGUAUCAUAAAGAAUUUCGUGGUGCUGCCGGAGGACGUGCAAGAUAUAGGACUCUGUGCUGAACUCAUAUUGCGAUCAGAUACCGGAGUUAAACUGAAAUUGAGACCUAGAGAUAAGAAGUACUAGAUACAAAAGCAAAAUAUAACUUAUUGAAUAAAAUAAUGACUAGUGACUACUACAUCCAGCGCACACUCGCUCCACUAGCAUAGUGUGGGCUCCAAAUUGAAAACUUUGUAACUUAU